AACAACAUGUAGAAAGGAUAGAACGUGGUAUAGCAUAUUUACUCGGUGCAACUUCAACAGUAGAUAUGAGACAUAUAUUAUCAGAAAAUCUUAUUGCGUUUGAUCAUUUAUUAUACGAUCGAAUGACACAAACUAUCGUUAGACAUGUACCAGCACCCGAAACUAUUUUUAAACAUGACAUGCCUUCUCCUUUACAAUUCAUAAAGUUAUUAAGCGAUGGGGAAAAGAGAAUAUUAGAUCUUAAUUUAGCAAAAGAAAAGUUAGUUAAAGGGAAUAGACAACUUGGAUUAGCUUUAGCAGAAGAUGAAAUUGAUUACCUUGUUGAUGCUUUUGUCGGCAAUUCUGAGCAUAGUUUAGGCAGAAACCCGACAGAUGUUGAAUUAUUCAUGUUUGCUCAAGUUAAUUCGGAACAUUGUCGUCAUAAAAUAUUUCGAGCUGAUUGGACAAUUGAUAACGAAAAAAGAUCACAUUCUUUAUUUGAGAUGAUUAGAAAUACUCAUAAAUUAAACCCUCAACGCACGAUUUCAGCUUAUUCUGAUAAUGCUGCCGUGUUACAGGGUUUUAAAGCCACGAGAUUUUCUCCUGAUGAUAAAAAUUUUGAAUAUAGUUUAUUUGAAGAAGAUGUUCAUAUUGUUGUCAAAGUUGAGACUCAUAAUCAUCCAACCGCCGUUUCGCCCUUUCCUGGUGCUGCAACGGGUUCUGGUGGUGAAAUUCGUGAUGAAGGGUCAGUCGGUCAAGGUUCUAAACCAAAAGCAGGUUUGACGGGAUUUAGUGUUUCAAAUAUGUUAAUUCCUGGUUUUAUUCAACCUUGGGAAACCGAUUUUGGAAAACCUUCUCAUGUUGCAUCCUCAUUUGAUAUCAUGAUUGAAGCACCUUUAGGUGGUGCUGCUUUUAAUAAUGAAUUCGGUCGACCUAAUAUCACGGGAUAUUUUCGUACUUUUGCUCAAGAAGUUCCUACAAGUAAUGGAACAAAUGAAAUUCGAGGUUAUCAUAAGCCUAUAAUGAUCGCUGGUGGAUUAGGUUCAAUUAGACCAAAUCAUGUAUUCAAAAAAAAUAUUAUUCCGGGAGCCCAUUUAUUCGUAUUAGGUGGUCCUGCUAUGUUGAUUGGACUUGGUGGUGGUGCUGCUUCUUCCAUGACAAGUGGCGCUAGCGAUGCUUGUUUAGAUUUCGCGAGUGUUCAACGUGACAAUCCAGAAAUGCAACGUAGGUGUCAACAAGUUAUUGAUGCUUGUACAGCAUUAGGUGACAAUAAUCCUAUUCAAUCAAUUCAUGAUGUCGGUGCCGGUGGAUUAUCUAAUGCAUUUCCUGAAAUUGUAAAUGAUAGUGGUUUAGGUUGCGUAAUUCAAUUACGUGCGAUUCCAAAUGAUGAUCCUGGAAUGUCACCUAUGGAAAUUUGGUGUAAUGAAGCACAAGAGCGAUAUGUUUUGGCCGUGGGACCCGACAAUAUUCAACUAUUCGAAACAAUUUGUAAACGUGAAAGAUGUCUUUUCGCAGAUGUUGGUAUCGCUACGGAAAAGCAAGAUCUAAUCUUGCAAGAUAGUUUGUUAAAAACUACCCCAAUAAAUCUUCCAAUGUCAAUUUUAUUCGGAAAGCCACCAAAGAUGUCACGUAAAUCAACUACCCUGAAACCACCGCGUGUGCCUUUCGAUACAUCUUUGAGGAGUUAUUUGACCGAUAUUAAAGAUCAAAGUGAGAUUCUUAAAGAUGCAAUACAUCGCGUUCUUCGGCUUCCAACCGUGGCCUCUAAAUCUUUUCUCAUCACCAUCGGUGAUAGAACCAUUACUGGAUUGGUUGCCCGUGAUCAAAUGGUUGGACCGUGGCAAACACCUGUAGCGGAUGUUGCUGUUACUACAUCAUCUUAUGGUACUGGAAUUAUUACAGGAGAAGCAAUGGCAAUGGGUGAACGUACUCCAAUCGCUUUGAUUUCACAAGGAGCAUCAGCACGUAUGGCUGUAGCUGAAGCGAUCACAAAUCUUGCAGCUGCAUGUAUUGAAUCUAUAUCUCAUAUACGCCUUAGCGCUAAUUGGAUGUGCGCAGCGAAUUAUGACGGCGAAGGUUCAGGAUUAUAUGAAGCUGUACAAGCAAUUGGUUUAGAACUUUGUCCAGCUUUAGGAAUUAGCAUUCCAGUUGGAAAAGAUUCAAUGUCAAUGAAAAUGAGAUGGGAGGAUGAAAAAGGUCACCAGAAGGAGGUCACUGCUCCACUGAGUUUAAUUAUUACGGGAUUUGCUCCUGUGAAUAAUAUUCAUAAAACUUUAACGCCCCAAUUGAGAACCGAUCUGCAAGAAAAUACAAUCCUUGUAUUCUUGGAUUUUGCGAGUGGUAAACAAAGAAUGGGCGGAUCAGCCAUCGCACAAGUUUACAAGCAAAUUGGUAAUGAAGUUCCAGAUGUGGAAAGUCCAGAUUUGAUCAAAUCCUUCUUUGAAACCAUCCAGAGUAUUCGUCAGGAUGAUAAUGAAAUUGUCUUGUCAUAUCAUGAUAGAUCUGAUGGUGGGUUAUUUACCACUAUCAUUGAAAUGGCAUUCGCGGGUCAUGUUGGAAUAAGUAUAAAUAUUUCAAGUAUUCUACAAAAUGAUGAUGUAAUUAGGACUUUAUUUAACGAAGAGCUUGGCGCAGUUAUUCAAAUUAGACAAAGGGACCUUGAAACGAUUAUCAAGGCAUUCGUUGAUUCAGGUUUCCCAAAAGAAAAUAUUUAUUAUAUUGGUGACGUGUCUUUGGAUAAAAGUCAAGACAUCUUGAUUAGAAAAGAUGACCAAAUUUUGUUUAAAUCUUCACGUGUCGAAUUACAACGUAUUUGGUCCGAGACAUCUUAUCAAAUGCAAUCAUUGAGGGAUAAUAGUAUAUGUGCAAAAGAAGAAUUUGACAAUAUACUGGACGUGAAUGGUCCGGGUGUUCAUUUUGAUUUAACGUUCGAUCCGUCUCAAGACGUCACUUUACCUUUUAUCAAGUGUCCUGAAGAAGCGAGACCAAAAGUAGCAAUUCUUCGUGAUCAAGGGGUAAAUGGACAAUUAGAGAUGGCAUAUGCAUUCCAUUUAUCAGGUUUUAAAGCAGUAGAUGUACACAUGUCAGAUAUAUUAUCAGGUAAAGUCACUCUUAAGAAAUUUAAAGGGAUUGCAGCGUGCGGUGGAUUUUCGUAUGGUGAUGUACUUGGAGCAGGAUCAGGAUGGGCGAAGUCAAUAUUAUUACAUUCUAAUGCAAGAAAAGAAUUUGAAGAUUUCUUUAAAAAUCGACAAGAUACUUUUGCAUUAGGAGUUUGUAACGGGUGCCAAUUUAUGAGUCAAUUAAAGGAAUUAAUACCUGGAACGGAAAAUUGGCCAAUAUUUCAAAAGAACAAAAGUGAACAAUUUGAAUCUAGAUUUAGUCUUGUGAACAUUACCAAAUAUGAAGAAUAUCCUUCAACGUUUACACCUUCAAUAUUUUUAAAAGAGAUGAUCGAUUCCAAAAUUCCGGUAGCGGUUGCACAUGCCGAAGGCAGUGUCGAAUUUUCUAGCAUGGAACAAAUGAGAAUGUUAAUUCAACAGAGAUUAGUUGCAAUUCAAUAUGUAGAUAAUUAUGAUAAGAUUACGCAGAAAUAUCCAUUUAAUCCAAAUGGAAGUACAUUGGGGAUAACGGGUUUACAAACUCCAAAUGGUAGGGUGUUAAUUAUGAUGCCUCAUCCUGAAAGAGUUAUUAUGAAGGAAGCUAAUUCUUGGUAUCCCGUUGAAGAAGGAAAAAAAUGGGGUGAAGUUGGGCCUUGGUUAAGAAUGUUUAGAAACGCUAGAGUUUGGGUUGGUUAA